AGAAGAACGUAAUAUAUUAAAAAAUAAACUAUAAACAACAAAAACAUAACAGAUUACAAUUUUAAUAUCAUUAAAAAAAAGGAAGCAAUAAAAAAAAAUAGAAUUCCAUGCCAACUCCAGCCAGAUGACGUAAUAUCCGUGUUAACUAGGGAUCCGGAGCCAAUCUGUAAUCCAUAUGGAAGUCAAGAGGGAGAUUCGACAGCUCUGAAUAUAGACAGUUACAUGUGUUGAGAGAGGUGGCACAGGCACAGGCACAGGCACAGGCACAGGCACACCGUAUCAAGAAGUCUCGAACUCAGGAAUGAAUUGACAGGCUUAACUUUGGUUCACACGACGAACAAGAGGAUCUAAUCUACAACCACAACACUAGGCUCUUGUAUUCUAUGUUCAAUCCAUCUCGCUCAACUAGCACGUGGGGUUCUCUCCUCUAAUCCUCCCUCCUCUUUCUUUUACUCUCUUCUAUAGUUCCACCAUGUGAAACUUUUCAGAACCCACCCACUUUGGUGGUGGAGGUGGAUUUUCAACUUUAACCUUUAGCUUUUGGAAACAACUGAUCAUUCAGAACUACCACACACGCCUUGUCUCCCCCCGCUACUGUAAUUAUACCUGGUCCCCAUUACACAUGUUGCUGCUGCUCCCCCCCCCCCCUCUCUCUCUCUCUCUCUCUCUCUCUCUCUCUCUCUCUCUCUCUCUCUCAUUGUUCUUUAUUCUUUUUGGUAAACCAGAUUUCUUGGGAUGAGUGAAAAAUACUCUGCAGUGUGAUCGAUCCUCCAUUCAAUUUAAGACCCGCGAGACUCUAUAAUAUGCCACAGAGAGAAGCCUGAGCCUGAGCUAGAGCUAAAUUGCAACUGAAGCUAAUGCAGAAUUGUGAUUCAAGUUUGCCAAAAACAGAGAAGCCACUGCUUCUUUCUUAACUUCAGACAACGAAAAUUAACCAUGCUUAACGGCACUUUCCCGCCAUAAAACACUGUAGAGAGAUGGUUUUGAGGUUUUCCCAUCGAAGGCCAAUGUACAUACAUAUAUACUGAUACGGAGAAGGAAGAGACUCUGCAUUGACCAGGUCCAUAUCCAGUCCCUCAAAAAGAAAUACGAGAGAGAGAUAGAGAGAUCCUUUAGUAAUUUUUGGGUAAAUAAUCCCAUCCACUAAACAGGACCUCUCAUCUAUAAUUAGGAUAAAUAAAUCCAUCUGCUAAUCACAGCCUCUCACAUCCAUGUUCUCUCUCUCAAACCCCAUUAAAGCGAAAACACAAAGCCACCUCCCAAACGUCAACUACCUCAUUUCCUUAACCAAAAUAGCUAGCCCCCAAGUUCCCAACUCUUUCCCCCACAAUCUCGCAGCUCAAAUAGAAAUAUAACAAAUGAACAAAAAAAUAUGGGCUAAGCUUUCCGUCCCAGACCCUGCAAAGACAGCCCCGCUUUUCCAGUUCCUCCUCCUCUCAUCCCCAAAUCCUUCGCUUUAAGCACUCCAAACAAAAGGAAAUAGGAAAAAAGAGACAAGAACACAAAACCCAUUUUGUGUCUGUCAAUUUCGUUUCGUUUGUUUUCCUUUUUUUAUUCACCCUUGUUCCUGUCUUUCAAUCCGAAUUCCACGAUCCUUACCCUCAAUGUGGCGGCAGUGGGGCAAAUCAACGGUUCGGAUUCACCACACGUCAUCUCCGUCCGCCCUCUUCUCUUUUAAGGACGUCCAAGAGCUCUGCACCGACGAGCCCUCUCAACCCACCGCUUCCACUCCGAAUAAGAAAGCCUCGAUUUUCCACCGAGUCCGAGUUGCCAACUCGCUCCUCCGCACCUGGUCAACUCGCUCACCGACUCACCCACCCAUCGAAGAACCCGAAACACACGAACCGGAGUCCAGUCCCAACGUCGUCGCUGUCCCGGACCAAUCGGGUAAGGACCCCCUCGCCGCAACGCAAUCCGCGCCAUUGAUUUCAAUCCCGGGCGCCGAGAAGCGCAUUGUGGUGUACUUCACGAGCCUCCGGGUGGUGAGGUCCACGUUCGACGACUGCAAGUCCGUCCGAUCCAUUCUCCGAGGGUUUCGGGUCUCAAUUGACGAACGGGAUCUCUCCAUGGACUCGGGGUUCCUAACAGAGCUGCAGCAGAUCCUGGGAGGUCAAAGCCAAAGCAAGUUGUCCUUGCCGAGGGUUUUCAUUGGCGGGAGAUACGUCGGUGGGGCGGAGGAAAUUCGGCAGCUGCACGAGGCAGGAGAGCUCAGGAAGCUCGUCGAAGGCUUGCCCGCAGCGGAACCGGGCGUGUGCGACGUUUGCGGCGGCUAUAGGUUCGUUCUGUGCGACGAGUGUUACGGUAGCCAUAAGUUGUUCACGGAGAAAAGCGGGUUCAAGAGCUGUACGGCGUGCAACGAGAACGGUCUGAUCAGGUGCCCUUCUUGUCAUUGUGCGCCUCUCUGAUCCGUCCGAUUAGACUAAAAAACAAUUAACCCCUCAAAAAAAAAGAAAAAAAAUAAAAAGAAAACUAAGGAUGUUACGUUUACGUUUUUUGUUCUUAAUUUUUGGACAUUUUAGUUUUGUAGUUUCACUUUGUUAAGGUUUAGUUGAUUGUGGGAGGAUUGGACAUAGGACGUGCCACCAAA